GGUCCAGGCUCGAGUUUCAAACUCUCCAUCCCUUGGGUGGUUGGAGAAGAUGGAAGUACCAUGGAAAUGGUUUUGAACCUUGCUAAGGGUUCUCUAAUAACAGACUGCCUAUGGAAUGAUCUUCUUACCUCCGCGUGGUUCGAUCUCAAACUGAAUAUCCACUAUCCACGUAAUUGGAAUUCCCUCCAAACAUGGUCCUUCGAUCUAACUUGUCAAGAGGCUGUUUUCUGCUUUCUUUUUUCUCAAAAGGCCUACUUUAAGGCCUUCUUCGAUGAUUGGUCGAGUGAUUCGCGUCCGGAUAUUCUCUAUUUCGUUCCCUACAUCUAUAAAUUCAGGUUCUUCGCCCAGCCCUUUGAACUCCGACUCUUGGCCAAUGAUUAUAAUUGGGUGACUCCUACUGCCGAAAAUUCAUUUGUCUCUUUCUGUGUGGAGAAAUUAAACUUUGACUUCGAUUCGCGUUUAAGUUAUACACAAUAUUUAUUUAUUUAUUUAUAUCAAAUGGCAGGCUUUAAAUAUUAUUACUUAUUUAUUUUAUGUAUUUAUUUAUUUAUAUCAAAUGGCAGGGAGAGGAACAUCAAACUGAAAAAAGUCGAGAUGGGUGAGGUGAGUACUGUGGAAGUGGUAGAAUAUGACACAGAGUGGGGUGAUGGUAGUCUGAAGUCAACUGCCGGUUAA